AUGGACCGGUCGAAGCCCGUGAAGUACGGCCUCGAGAUUCGCCGCAAGCCGCAAAGCCAUCGCCCUGCGGCGGCGGCGGCGAAGCCGUUACCACCCGUGCGUGAUGCGAAGCUGCAGGCGCUGUUCGGCGACGACGACGACGACGAAGACGGCGUGGAGGCGGACAUCGCGCGGCAGAACCUCAAGAAGCGAAGCCAGCGUGAGACGGAGCAGCAGCACGAGGCGGCGAUGGCGGAGGACCCAUCUGUGUUUGACUACGACGGGGUGUACGACACCAUCCAUGCUGCUAGGACCUCGCGAGCCAAAGAAGCUGUCCAAAGACAGGCGCGGUACAUCCCAAACCUGCUGAAGACGACCAAGGAGCGGGAGAAGGAGAAGGAGCUGGUGCAGGAGCGGCUGCUGGCGAAGGAGCGGGCCAAGGAGGAGGAGGAAUUCGCAGGCAAGGAGCGGUUUGUGACGCGCGCUUACCGUGAGAAGCUGGCGGAGCGGCAGCGUUGGCUGGCAGAGGAGAAGCGCAAGGAGGCUGAGGAGGCGGCUAACGAUGUGACCAAGCGGUCGGACCUGACAGAUCUAUACCGCAACCUGUAUCGAGCGCGGGAUGCGCAAGCAGAGACAGCGGUGAAGCCCACAGGGAGGGUGGCUGGGAAGGAGGAGGCGAGGGCGGGGGGGGGAGAGGGCAGGGAGAAGCAGAGAGCAGGGAGCAAGGAGCGUGAGUUGCCAGUGGAAGAGCCGAGGGCACGGAGCAGGGAGGGGGAGGCAGCUGCUGUGUUGCCAGCGGAACGGGAGAGGCGGCUGGAGGGAGCUGUGCCUGCGGUGGGUGCAAGGAGAGAUGGUGGCAGGGUGGGUGGGGAUGGGGUGCAGGAAGGUGCUGUGAGUGCUGGGAGGGAUAGGAAGGAGAGAGGAGAAGAAGUUGCUGGUGCGUGUGGUGAUGCCGUUCGUCCCAGUGCGAGCAGGGAGGAUGACUCGCCACUGAGAAGCAGCCAGGAAGGUGCCGGUGAGGAUGAAACGAGACGGGCUAGUGGAGCAGGGCGCGAGGGGGGGUCUUCUGGUGGGGGGGAUGGUGGUGUUGGGGUUUCAGGUGAAUAUGAUGUGCCAGGUGUCAGCAAGUCAUUGGAGGGUGGUGAUAAGAGGAGUGUGAAGGUGUCGGCCGAAGACAAGCCCCGUGGCGGGAAUGAUGCCCCCCCGCGCAAACCGUUCGCCCAGGGGAGUUCCCCCCGAGCGGACCAGAAUGACGGUAUGCGCAAAGCUGGCGCAAGCCGCCCCUUCCCCCGCGGCGGGGGAAGCAUCCGCGCAACGGCGAGUGCGGGCACCGGAAGGCAAACGGGGGAGAGCAGAAGCUCCCCGCGAGAGGGGCCUUCGGAGGGGAUUGUACGCGCGGACGGCGCGGGAGAAGCGGAUGGAACGGCGAGAUCAAAACCUGAUCGUCCAUUUGUGGGAGUAGCUGAGACACACGAUCCUCCGCACGACUCCCAGGCUGUGGGUCGUAGCAAGGGCGGCGGCGCGGGAAACGAGAGUGCGAAAGGUGCAUUAACGAACGCGAUGCGUAACCGAUGCGCCUUAAAACGGGUGGACGGCAACGCGCCGUCUCAGAGAGAGGCAGUGGGACAACACGUGGCAGCAGGGAAUUUGACGGGGCUGGCAGCAGCUGGAUUGGAGCAGCAAAAGAAAAAGCUGCAACAGGUAUUGGGAAAUGCGGUGGAAAGAGAUGAGAUUGGACGAGAUGCGGUACAAGGGGGUGAGAACCGCGUCCCUGUCAGCUACAACGAGCAGGUGAAGGUGCCAGUAUCGAGGACGAAAGGAAGCAGCAGGGAAGACGUUUCAGAGAGGGGAAGAAGCGGUAGGUGGCAGCAGGAGCGAAAGAUGAGCAACAUACUCGGAGACUUGCCGCACCAGCUGGUGCAACGGGAGAAGGAGCAGCAGGAGGACCAGCAGGUGGUGCAGCAGGAGGUGAAGCAGGAGGAGAAUCAGGAGGAGCAGCAGGCGGAGAAGCAGGAGGAGCAGCAGGCGGAGAAGCAGGAGGAGCAGCAGGCGGAGAAGCAGGAGGAGCAGCAGGCGGAGAAGCAGGAGGAGCAGCAGGCGGAGAAGCAGGUGGUGCAGCAGGCGGAGAAGCAGGCGGAGAAGCAGGAGGAGCAGCAGGAGGAGAAGCAGGCGGAGAAGCAGGCAGAGAAGCAGGCGGAGAAGCAGGCGGAGAAGCAGGCGGAGAAGCAGGCGGGGUGCAUGAGGGAGAGAGGAAGAAGUGUGGAGGAUGUUGAUCAGAGGGGGGAGCACGUCGGGAAAGAGGCAAACAAGGAGAAAGAGGAGGGAGAGGAGGAGGGAGAGGAGGAGGGGGACGGGGAGAAGUGGGAGCGGGGAGGAGGGGUGAUCCUGGGAGUGGUGAGGCAGAGCUCCUUUGAUCGGGCCAGGGGGGUGUGCAGGCUCAUUGCUCGAGCACGAUCACUGAGCCCAGGCCCAGUCUUGAGGUCGAUGAUCCAACGGUCCAGAUGCUCCAACGGCACUCCAGGUAGGGGCAUGACACCUUGCAGCACCAACAGGGGCAGGGGAGAAAGAGACAAGAGUAGUGGGGAGAGCAGCGGCAAAGAGGGCGACAAGAGGGAGGUGGGGAGCAACGGAAUGACGAGCACUACUGAGUCGAUAUUGCAAGGUGCGGGGGAAGGCAGAGGGGUGAGCAGUGCAGCGAGAAUCAGGGCGCUGCUGCAACGGCGUGUUGCAGUUGCCAAGGAGAGUGAGAGCGUUGCAGUUGCCAAGGAGAGAGGAGCGGCGGCAGCACGUGCAGCAGUAUGGGUAGGGAGGUCGUGUAGGGUGGCCCCACAACAGCAGAGAGAGCAGAGCGAUGCAGAUGGGGUGGAGGCGCAGGAGGGAGGGAGAGCAGAGUGCGAGGGGCAAGCGGAGGGUGCGAGGCAGAAGCGCAAAUACCUGCCACAAUUCCGCCCUGAGACGCCACAGAAGCCAAGUAGUACCACUGUGUGGCAGCAGCAGAAGCAGAAACACCUGCCACCGCCGCAGCUGCUUGCUGGUUGCGAUACAGAGCAAAGCAGCAACCAGCAGCAAGCAGUAGGCAUGGCAGCAGAUAAAACCGCAGGGGAAGCAGGAGAGGAAGCAGCAGGAGCAGAGAAAGCGGGAGGGAAGACAUCACUCGGGGCUGAGUCUUGGGCCAGUCAUUUCCGACUCCGAGGUUCUGCCACGGGUGUGCUGGAGGGGUUGCUCUUACGACCCAGGCGGAGGAGGAGGGAAGGGUUUGUGUUCCCUUAG